AGAUUCUAAACAUUGGUUGGUGUCCGCUGGCCGAAGGAGUGAAUUUAUAAAGAGGGGUUGUUUUUUUUUCUUUUUCUUUUUUUUUCUUUCUUUUUUUUAAAAAUAUCAUUUAUUUUAUAGUAAACGUUUAAUAAAUAAUCAUACCGUUGAUAAAUUAUAGUGAUGUCUACUCCGGCACGAAGAAGGCUCAUGAGGGAUUUUAAAAGACUUCAAGAGGAUCCUCCGGCCGGUGUCAGUGGUGCCCCAUCAGAGAACAACAUCAUGGUCUGGAACGCAGUAAUAUUCGGACCAGAAGGGACUCCCUUUGAAGAUGGUACCUUUAAGUUGACUGUAGAAUUUACAGAAGAAUACCCCAAUAAACCACCCACAGUUAGAUUUAUUUCAAAAAUGUUUCAUCCAAAUGUAUACGCAGAUGGAAGUAUAUGUCUUGAUAUUCUUCAAAAUCGCUGGAGUCCGACAUACGAUGUUUCAUCCAUUCUCACCUCCAUCCAGUCUUUGCUUGACGAACCAAACCCCAACAGUCCGGCCAAUAGCCAAGCGGCACAGCUCUAUCAGGAGAACAAGCGGGAGUAUGAGAAGCGUGUGUCUGCCAUCGUUGAGCAGAGCUGGCGGGACAGUCGACCCCUCACUGAAGAAUGUAGAACUUUGUGUGAUUCUAGUUUAACUGAGUGAAUUGUGAAGCAUCUUUUUCAUUAUGUCAUCUCCUCUUCUUUUCUUUCCAACUUUGACUCUGUCUACCCCUCACCCCUGGUACUCUGCUAAUAUGCACUUUAUUCUCCUUCCUUAUCCACCCUGCCCCCACUCCACUUUACUCAGCAAUGUCUUGUUUUGCCUUGACCACCUGGCCACUCUGUUCAUGAAAUAACCAAAUAGGAUGGGUGGCCUGUUGCUAUGGAAACCUUGACUAAACUAUGAUACAUACAAAGGCCUUUACUAAAAAAACGACAGAAGUGGAGUAAAACUCCUUUGCACUGACAGUGUGCAAGCUUGACACUGAAGCAUUUUUCUGUGCCUGAUUUGGAAGUGACAUAUGAUCGUACACACCUUCUUUUGCUGUACUGUGUACUCUUAUAUGCCUGGAAGUGUGAUUUUUAUAAUCCUUGACGUGUGGUCUGUUUGCUGGUCAUGUACCAUAUUGUAACAAUAUAACUAAGUUCCCAUUAAAUAUCUGUGUAGAUUCAA